UUUCCUUCUUUCUCUAUUGCUGGCAUGGCAUCAAAUCGCAGCUCUAUAAAAUUAGAAACCAAUCAACGGCAAAAACUAUGGCGAGAAAAGUUUAGAUCUCAAUGUGUUGAAAGAGUAAAAGGGACACGAAAAGAACAAAUAGACCAACGUCGACAUAACAGCUGGAUGAAUAACGUGAUAGCACAAGAAUGGCAACAGUUUAGACAACAAUAUGAACAAGAACUACAACAAGCUGGUACUGAAAUAUAUACAGAUCUUGAAGCUAUGAUUGAAGAAAGUAUACAAAUUGAAAAUAAUAGACAAGAAGAAGAUCAAUACGAAGAAUACCAAAGAUUACAGCAAGAAGAACUUGAUAUGGUUAUUGAAGAAUACGAAUCAAUAAAGACAUCCAUAUGUAUGAAGUGUCAGCAACCAAAUUUUGCUCAACAGUAUGACCAAGGACUUUGCUCUCAUUGUGGAUAUGUGGUGAAAAACGAGGUAUUGAAUACAAUAUAUCAAACAAAACAGAAUCAUGACUCCUCGUGUACAGAUAAAAUGGAAUUUAUGGUUGAACCUGGGGAAAAUGGAAAUAUACUUGGUCUGUGCGGUUCCUGUGAUCUAUGGAUUCUCUUUUGAUAGUUGUUUUUUUUUAUCGAAUGUUCUAUAUAUAAUAUAUCUGUUAUGUUUUUAUAGACACCUAUAUUUUUGUACAUAAUAAAAGAUUACCCUUUUUCUUCAGCUUUCCGUAUUCGGUUAGCGGUGUUCUGAUUUUU